CGGGGGCUCAACAUCCGAGGACUUUGGCCCUGAGUAACCCGGGUCGCGUGACCUUUCCCCUCCUUUCCGCACCUCGCUCGGCCGGCCGGGCGAGCGGGCGGUGGCUGGGCUGGCGGUGCCGUCCGUCCUUCCCACGUCCCUCCCUAGCAUCGGCUCACCCCUGCCGGGCCCUGCGCGCGGCUCCUCGUCAUGGCGGCUCUCAGCAAGUCCAUUCCUCAUAACUGCUACGAGAUCGGCCACACUUGGCACCCUUCCUGCGGGGUCUCCUUCGUACAGAUCACCGGGGGCGCCCUGGAGGAGUCCCUGAAGAUCUAUGCCCCCCUGUACUUGAUUGCAGCAAUUCUCCGGAAACGAAAAUUAGACUAUUAUUUACACAAGCUGCUCCCUGAGAUCCUACAAUCUGCGUCGUUUCUGACCGCUAAUGGGGCCUUAUAUAUGGCUUUCUUUUGCAUUUUAAGGAAGAUACUUGGAAAAUUCUACUCAUGGAGUCCUGGCUUUGGUGCCGCUCUGCCAGCAUCUUAUGUGGCCAUUCUAAUUGAAAGAAAAAGCAGGAGAGGGCUGCUCACAAUUUAUAUGGCCAACUUGGCCACGGAAACACUAUUUAGAAUGGGUGUAGCAAGAGGAACCAUCACAACGUUAAGAAAUGGAGAGGUCCUUUUGUUCUGCAUCACAGCUGCCAUGUACAUGUUCUUUUUCAGGUGCAAAGAUGGUUUGAAAGGAUUUACAUUCUCUGCACUUAGGUUCAUUGUAGGGAAGGAAGAAAUUCCCACACAUUCUUAUUCACCAGAGGCAGCAUAUGCAAGAGUGGAACAAAAGACGGAGAAACAUGAGGAAACACCAAGAAUGAGUAUAAUUGCUCUAGUCAGGAAACUUGUGGAUUCAAUAUGUAAGCAUGGACCAAGGCAUAGAUGUUGCAAACACUAUGAAGAUAACUGCAUCUCUUAUUGCAUUAAAGGUUUCAUCAGAAUGUUCAGCGUGGGAUACUUGAUCCAGUGCUGCCUCCGAAUUCCCUCUGCAUUUAGGCAUCUGUUUACACAGCCGUCCCGGCUACUUUCUCUCUUCUACAAUAAAGAAAACUUUCAGCUUGGAGCUUUUCUGGGCUCUUUUGUUAGUAUAUACAAGGGAACUAGUUGCUUCCUGCGCUGGGUCAGAAACCUGGAUGAUGAACUGCAUGCUAUUAUAGCUGGAUUUUUGGCAGGAGUAUCAAUGAUGUUUUAUAAAAGCACAACAAUUUCCAUGUAUUUAGCUUCCAAAUUGGUGGAGACAAUGUAUUUCAAAGGCAUUGAAGCAGGAAAGGUUCCCUAUUUUCCCCAUGCGGAUACUAUCAUCUAUUCCAUCUCUACAGCAAUUUGCUUCCAGGCAGCUGUCAUGGAAGUUCAGACCUUGCGACCAUCUUACUGGAAGUUCCUUUUAAGGCUCACCAAGGGCAAAUUUGCUGUCAUGAACCGAAAAGUCCUUGAUGUUUUUGGUACUGGUGCAUCUAAACACUUUCAGGAUUUCAUCCCUAGGUUGGAUCCAAGAUAUACGACUGUAGCACCAGAGUUUCCCAUAGAGUUUUCUUGAAGAUGACUGUUAUUUAUUAAUGUGACUUAAUGUUUCAUUAUUUUAUCCUGAAGAGUUAAUUAUGUUGAACACAAAGAAGGGGGCCUGAGCUUGAACCUCAGUGUUAUUUCAAUGAAAGAUUUGCUUUUUUUUCCCUUUGUUUUUCUUACAGUCAGAAAUACAGAAGCUUUUUAGGAAGGUGUUGCUUAAUAAUUAAGCUCCCUCCAUAGCCAGAAUCUGAUUCUGGAUCACUGUAGUGGUUGGGAUUAUGAUUAUUGAUUAAUUGUGUCCACAAGCAAUAUUAAAUAAUCUAUGUAGAAAGGUGUAUACUUAAAAUUACUUUCAUAGACAUUUUUAGUUCAUUCCAAUAUAAUUCUUGGUUAAAACUAAGAAUAUUUCUAUGUUUUAGGAUACAAAGGAUCACGGGUACAUGAAUUUGGUCUGCAUAUUUUUAACUUUUGAAUGGGUAACUAUAGUAGUGAAAUGUUAUGGAUAUGAAGUAACUCUUCACAGACGAUGCUGCUUUAGUAGAGCAAAUUAAUUGGAGAAAGGUGGCCGUUCUUACUUCAGGGAUGCAAAGACGGGUCUCAUGCUGUUUGGAUAAAUGCCGUGGCGUCCAUGCUCUUCUUCCACAACUACCUUCAUCUCUCUCCAUGAUCCACUGGGCUGUUUGACAGCCCGGUGAACCUAUGUACUAAUGGCAGAUUAGGAGCGAAUGGAAAUUGGCAUAUCUGAUGACGUUGAAAUGUAUGUUUUAAUCUUUUACAGAAGCAUUACACUUGAAUAUUUAAAAACAAAUGAAGUUACUUUUAAACCUCUGGUAGGUUUAUGAUGUUUCUUUUCAUUUACAAGGACUGAAUUCUUCCUAGCUAAGUUUGUAUGCCAGCAUUGAUUUAGAAGGGAUCAAAUCCUAUGGAACAAAAGUAGUUUUGGCAAGUUUGCAAGUUCAUUCCCUGUCACCUGUUUCACCUGUACGAUGGAUGUUUUACAAUUAAAACAAUAUAAAAAUCCA